GUAGUCUCCGAUCCGGUCCGGCUCUGCAGCGCUUGAGCUGCCAGGGAGAGGCAGGCAGGCAGCCGCUCCGUGCCCGGGAGGAGAACGGCGGGACUGCCCCAGCCGGCCGACGGGGCCAGAAGGGGGCACCAGCCAACAAGGGGCAUCGGCGGAUCGAGAACCGCCGGCGCGAUCGAGCGCGAUCAGCUCCGUAGCAGCAAAUUGUUCCCGCUGCUCGUUCCCUUCCCAACCCUGACCCAGGAGCCGGGGGCGGGGUGGGGGGUAGGGGGCAGAGAGAGGAGAGCCCCGGCAGGCCAAGAAGGGAAGAGACUGCAAAGGAAGCGGAGGCGCCCGGCCAAGGUCAGGAUCGGGAUCAGGAUCGGGCCACGGAGAAGCCGCGCUCCGGCUCCAGGAUGCUCAUCUUGCUUCCGCCCUGGUUGCUCCUGCUGGAGCUGCUGCUGCUCCCGGUGCCGGCUCACAAGUUCUCCGCGCUCACGUUUUUGCGAGUGGAGCAAGACAAGGACAAAGAAUGCAGCCUGGAAUGCACGGGAUCUCCUCAGAAGUCAUUGUGUGCUUCCGAUGGCAGGACUUUCCUGUCCCGCUGUGAAUUUCAACGGGCCAAAUGCAAAGAUCCUCAGCUAGAUAUUGCCUACAGGGGCAACUGCAAAGAUGUUUCAAGAUGUGUGGCAGAGAGGAAGUACACUCAGGAACAAGCGCGCAAGGAGUUCCAGCAAGUUUUUAUUCCAGAAUGCAAUGAUGAUGGCACUUACAGCCAGGUUCAGUGCCACAGUUAUACAGGCUAUUGUUGGUGUGUCACUCCGAAUGGUCGUCCAAUCAGUGGUACAGCUGUGGCACAUAAAACUCCACGUUGUCCAGGUUCUUUGAAUGAGAAGUUGCCUCAGCGAGAAGGGACAGGGAAAGCAGAUGAUGCCUCAGCUCCUGCACUGGAGACUCCACCCCAAGGAGAUGAAGAAGAUAUAGCUUCUCGUUAUCCUACAUUAUGGACUGAACAAGUAAAGAGCAGACAGAAUAAGACCAAUAAAAAUUCUGCAGCAGCAUCAUGUGACCAGGAACUCCAGUCAGCAUUAGAAGAAGCCAAGCAACCCCAAAAAGACAAUGUAUUCAUUCCAGAAUGUGCCAGUGGUGGCCUUUACAAACCAGUGCAGUGUCAUCCUUCUACUGGAUACUGUUGGUGUGUCCUUGUUGAUACAGGACGCCCUAUACCUGGUACAUCAACAAGAUAUGAACAACCCAAGUGUGAUAACAGUGCCAGAGCUCAUCCAAGCAAAACAAAAGACUUAUUCAAAGGGCGCCAGCUUCAAGGUUGUCCAGGAGCCAAGAAGAAUGAGUUCCUGACCAGUGUUCUAGAUGCACUCUCCACAGAUAUGGUGCAUGCAGUGUCUGAUCCUUCAUCCAGCAGGCUUUCAGAACCAGAUCCAAACCAUACUCUGGAAGAGAGAGUGGUCCACUGGUAUUUUAAACAGCUGGAUAAAAAUGGUAGUGGUGACAUUGGAAAAAAAGAAAUCAAACCAUUUAAGAGAUUCCUGAGGAAAAAAUCUAAGCCCAAGAAAUGUGUGAAGAAAUUUGUGGAAUAUUGUGAUGUGAACAAUGACAAAUCCUUAACAGUUCCAGAACUAAUGGGCUGCUUGGGUGUAACAAAGGAAGACAAUAAAGCAGACACAAAGAAACGCCACACUCCCAAACAUAAUGCUGAAAGUACUCCUUCCAAUAGACAGCAAACCUCAAAGAAACAAGGCUGA